GGCGGGCGGACGGACGGGAGGGGGGGGUCCUCCAGAAAGCGAAGCCGGGCGGGCGGGCGGAGAGGCCGGGGCGUCGGUGGCGGGAGGCGGUGGUGCGGCGGCCGCCCUCCCUCCAGGGGUCCCCUCCGCCGGGCCUGGGCUGAACCCCCUCGGCCGUGCCCGCGGGCGCCAGCGGGGGCCGGGCCUCGGUGGGGCGGCGACCGGCGCUCCUCCUCCUCCUCCCCCUCCUCCUCCUGAGGGGGCUGUGCUCCUUUGGGGCGUCGGGAAAUUCCGCCUCCUCCUCCUCCUCCUCCCGCUGCCGCUGCUGCCGCUGCUGCUCGUCUCGCUCGCCGCUCUCCAUUGCCGGGGCCGACAGGGCGACGCGACCAUGAUGUCGGGCCAGUCGAUCACCGACCGGAUCACGGCGGCGCAGCACAGCGUCACCGGCUCGGCCAUCGCCAAGGCCGUCUGCAAGGCCACCACCCACGAGGUCAUGGGCCCCAAGAAGAAGCACCUCGACUAUCUAAUUCAGUGCACAAACGAGAUGAAUGUGAAUAUUCCGCAGUUGGCAGACACCCUUUUUGAGAGGACGGCGAACAGUAGCUGGGUUGUAGUGUUCAAAGCUCUAAUUACAACACACCACCUCAUGAUGUAUGGAAAUGAGCGCUUUAUCCAAUACCUAGCAUCUCGAAAUACACUGUUUAAUCUAAACAACUAUUUGGAUAAAAGUGCCAUGCAGGGCUAUGAUAUGUCUACCUUCAUCAGACGGUACAGCAGAUACUUGAAUGAAAAAGCACUUUCUUACAGACUCGUAGCAGUUGACUUCACCAAAAUGAAAAGAGGGAUUGAUGGUGUAAUGAGGACAAUGAAUACCGAAAAGCUCCUGAAAACCCUUCCAAUUAUUCAGAAUCAACUUGAUGCACUUCUCGAUUUUGAUGCAAACCCAAAUGAACUAACAAAUGGUGUAAUAAAUGCUGCCUUUAUGCUCCUCUUUAAGGAUUCCAUUAGGCUGUUUGCUGCCUAUAAUGAGGGAAUUAUUAACCUAUUAGAAAAGUAUUUUGAUAUGAAGAAGAACCAGUGCAAAGAAGGGCUGGACAUUUACAAAAAAUUCUUAGCCAGGAUGACCAAAUUGUCAGAAUUCCUCAAAGUGGCAGAGCAAGUUGGAAUUGAUCAGGGUGACAUUCCAGAUCUUACUCAGGCUCCCAGUAGUCUGCUUGAAGCAUUGGAGCAGCAUCUGGCUUCUCUGGAAGGAAAGAAGACAAAAGAGGUUUCGGCUGCUAGCAGAGCGAGCACGCUGUCCAGUGCGGUUUCCACGCUUGCCAACACGGGGAUGUCCUUCAGCAGAAUGGACGAGAGAGAAAAACAGCAGGCGUUGGAGGAAGAGCAAGCUAGACUUCAAGCACUGAAGGAGCAGCGGCUGAGAGAGAUUUCCGUGGUCUCCAAUUCAACUUCUACAUCUGCCUCUCCAAGUACUUUAUCAGGGAAGAGUGUGAAUACCAAUGCUGCUGUUGACCUCUUUGCCACGCCUGCCCCAACCACCAAUAGCAUGCCCAACCUUUCUACUGAUCUGUUUGACCUUCAACCUGCAUUUGUUCCAACUGUACAGAGUACUCCAGCCAUAGCGACUUCAGCUAGCAGUGCCUGGGGAGGACCUUUCUCAUCCACAAAUGGUUGUGUUGGGUCUCCGCCCCACCUGGACCUCUUUGAUAUGAAGCCGGUUGAAGAAGCUGUAAAAAGUACCGCCCCUUUUGUGACAUCCACGUUAAACUCCAAACAAACAGUGGAACUGUUUAGUGGAUAUCCUCUUCAUUCAGCCUCCCAAAAAACUGCCUCUUCAACAAUCAAUGUGGACUUUGAUGCUGUAUUUGGCGGGAAGUCAGCAGUGAAUGAGUUUAGAACCACAACUGUCUUUAAUUUUGCAGAUGAUGUAUUACAGCCGUCGAUACCAACACAAAGUCAGAGGGGAGCUUUAGUUGGUCAACAGAGUGGGAAGAUUUUGGCCAAUGACCUUGAUUCCUCACUGGCUAAUCUAGUAGGAAACCUUGGCUUUGGAGGAACACCAUCCAAAAAAUCCGACAUGCAGUGGAAUCAGCCUACAGAGAAGAAACUGACCGGCGGAACGCACUGGCAAGCAAAAACGAGCACCUCAACCACAUGGAACCCGGUCCCGACUCCUCCAGCUCCACAGAUGGUACCUGCUCCAGUAACCUACCCGGUGAAUACACCUCAAGUGCCUGUGUACGGAAUGGUACCUACUCAAAUUGGAGCGACUCCUAUUAUGGCAUCUCAGCCCAUGAUUUAUACCCAGACUGGUCUAAGGCCAACAAAUCCCUUUGCACCUAUUUCUGGAACACAGAUACAGUUUAUGUAGACCUGCCAAAGCAGCGAGAUACUUUGUCAACCAAAUAUUGGUAGAAAGAAGACAACUUUAAAGAGCAGUCUUCACCAGGGCACGUACCUGCUCCCCAUACAAUAUAAAUUACUUGGAAUUGCUGUGCUGUAGAAAUUCUUCUUAUGACAGUCACUAUGGUAUGAAAUCAUGUUUGGUUUUGAACUGCGCAAGACUGUUUUCAGUGGAAAACUGAAGUAUUGUGAAGCUGAAGGUCAGCAGUGUUAAAAAAAAACGUCUUGACUUUCCCUUACUGAAGAGGAGAAACUUACGUAGGAAUUCCUUGCAGCCUUUUCUCACCCAGCGAGUAGAUCGCUCAUAGUAAGCUUCAAGGAGGGUGUGAUGCUUUCUAUUUAUUUAUUUUUUUCCUCCCCAAACUCUUAUCACUGAUAUAAUCAUGUCACCACUUAAAUUGAGCUGAGCAAUAAAUUUUCAGGUGCUCUCCAGCAAUACCUGAUAUAUUAACUACUCUUUCAUGAUCAUAAAUGCCAAUAUCAUACGAAACCUGAACUGCUUCCUGCCCCCCCACCCCCACCCCCAAGCACGUCAGGCAAGCUUCUUCUAAUUCACAAAUUUUGUACUGUGAGUUUUCAAUGCUGUGAAUCUACUUAACUAGCAGGAAACGCAGUCCCCCGAUGCGGCAAGCAGAGUCUUUUCACACUGCGCGACAGAGCUACGCUUCAGCAGAAGCGUGGCGUCUGACUCUGGUCCUAGGGCAGUCGUGCAUUUCGGAGUAGCAAACGUGGUUCCAGCAUGGGUGGCAUUUAGCUGCGUUUCCUGACGCUGAUUCUCCCAUCCCCCUGCCUUCCCUGUGUAGAGGCAGCAGGAUCAUUCCUGAUUCUAGCAAGAGAAAGCCUUCAUGUCCUGGAGAAAGUCCAUGCGCAGCCAGCAGCAGCAAGUUUUGGCGAGUUUGUUGCCCUUUAUAUAAGAUAUGUGGCAUCAGCAUUUUCUUUCUUAGCUUCUCAGUUUUAAGAACUGGAAAAAAAAAACCACUUUUCUGAAAAAUGUUCCACCCGUUCUGCAUAGUGCGAGACCCUUGUUACGGGACAAAAGGAAAAGGAAAAGAAAGCCGAUUCACUACGUAAAAGGAGCUGAGCGAGAGUUUGUGUGCUCAUGUAAAUAUUUAUAAAUCUUUAUCUGCAAAACGUCACUGCUGCAGAGUGCCCCCUUCCUUUUUGUAACGCAUACAAAAUGCAAAUAUUAUAUUCCUGAAGAAAUUUAGCUCGGUUUUUUUUUCUGUUUUUUUUUUUAAAGCUCAAACUAUUCUCCUCGGAGAUGCACACAAUCUUCUUGCAGUGUUGGAGAGCACACAGUGAGUGGGGCUGAUGCAGCCAAGACGGUCCGUGAUUUUCAACAGCCUCAAAUUUUAUACGAGGAUUAUGGUCUUUAAAUUACAGUGCAAUUUGACACAAUGCAGUUCAGGACACACUUAAGAGGGGAGGUGGAAAGAAAUGGGAAAAGUGUUGAGGACAGUCCAAAGUCACACAAAGAUCCCACUCCUCCUGUCACAUUUCUACAGUGAAACCCCACUGAGGUACCCAUGAUGGCAAGAAGAGUCUAGAUUGGUGCCAACAUGGCUGUCUUCCUGAGGCUGGACCCUUUUAUCAUUAAAAGCAUCCUUUUUUAAAAUGCAGCGCUUGUGUUUGAUUUUCCAAAUAUUUGCCAAGGUGCUGCUUGUGCACCUGGAAAAGGGGUUUACAGAUGCAAGAAGUACUUUGCGGAUCGAGCUGUGUCAAAUUCAAGAAAACCAUUCUUUCUAAGUGUCUUUUUGUGUUGGUUGAUAUUGUGCCAAGAAUGUAAAAAAACAAAACAAAAAAAACUUGCUUCAAAAAGGAUUUACUUGUUUUGUCAAACUAAACAUGGUUUUUUUAAAGAAACAGAAUCAUUUUUUUUACAUAUGUGUUUGGAAUUUGUAACCACUAACUUUGUAUGGAUUAAAUGUUGCAAGUGGAGAAAAAUGUUUUAGAUCAAAAUCUUGGACAUGUACUGGCAAAGACAUAAACUGGAUGCAUGUACAGUAAUUAAAUGUGGAAAAGUGAAUUUUAAA